GGGCGGGCGGACGGGGUUGGAGCGGAUUAGUGGAAAUCCAGGUUCAUACACUACAUUUAAAAAAAAAAAGAAAACAGACUCGAAAUAGAAGCUUCUCCAAAGAAUCGCCGCUUGUUGCAAACUUGUUCGGACUAAUCCUUUCCUUUUUUAUUAAAGAAAAAAAAAGCAUGUAGCAGGAGAAACGGCCUGAUCGGUUUCGCUCACUUCUUCUGGGACUCUUGGGGCGGGUGUAGGAUUGGCUGAGGAGUCGUGCCGCCGGGUUGAGGCGAGCGGAGAGAGCGGUUCGGACAGCGCUGGCUCCGGUCCGGUCCGGUGCGGUCCGCUUCGCUUCUGGGAGCGCGCCCUGCUGGGCUGGCGGUGCCCGCAGCCUGGGGCAGGUCACCCAGCUCACCAGCCAGAGGGAUGUAACUUUCCAAGCGGAGUCGUACCCGCAUCGUGAGAAAAAACACCUCACACUACUUCCUUGCGGUUUCAAACGUCACGGUUUAAAUGCAAUUGGAUUUUAAGGCCGGGCGGGCGUCCUCGUAGCUCCGAAGCCGAGGCAGGACAGCGGGUUUCGGCGAAGCAGGCUCUUCCUGAGGGGUCGAGGCGCUCGCCAGCAGAGUCCCGGGACCCGCCAGCGGGACUGUGGGGAUGGGGAACACCGUGUCGUGUUGCGUGUCUCCCGGGGGCAGUCCGAAGGUCAGCCGGGCGAGGAGGCAGCAGGAGCGCCUGGAGGAGUACCGAGUGGACCCGGACCUGAGCGAGCCCGACACCGGGCCCUACCUGCAGCACAUCAGCGACAGGGAGGUCCCGGACGAUUUAGCCCUGGAGUCGAACCCGUCGGACCACCCCCGAGCCAGCACCAUCUUCCUCAGCAAGUCGCAGACCGACGUGAGAGAUAAAAGGAAAAGCAAUCACAUCAACCACGUGUCUCCUGGGCAGCUGACAAAGAAAUACAGCUCCUGUUCCACCAUAUUUAUUGAUGACAGCACAGUCAGCCAGCCUAAUUUAAAAAGCACAAUAAAAUGUGUUACGUUAGCAAUAUACUACCAUAUAAAAAACAGGGACUCGAAUCGCUCUCUGGACAUCUUCGACGAGAAGAUGCACCCUCUCUCGAGGGAGGAGGUGCCGGACGAUUACUCCCGGAACGACCCGGAGCACAAGCACAUCUACCGAUUCGUCCGCACGCUGUUCAGCGCGGCCCAGCUCACGGCCGAGUGCGCCAUCGUCACGCUGGUGUACCUGGAGCGCCUGCUGACCUACGCGGAGAUCGAUAUCUGUCCCUGUAACUGGAAGCGGAUCGUGCUGGGGGCCAUCCUGCUGGCCUCCAAGGUCUGGGACGACCAGGCCGUGUGGAACGUGGACUACUGCCAGAUCCUCAAAGACAUCACUGUGGAGGACAUGAACGAGAUGGAAAGACACUUUUUAGAGCUGCUGCAGUUCAACAUCAACGUCCCGGCCAGCGUGUACGCCAAAUAUUACUUCGACCUGCGCUCGCUGGCGGACGACAACAACAUGAACUUCCCCCUGGAGCCACUGAGCAAGGAGAGGGCACAGAGACUGGAGGCGAUAUCCCGGCUGUGUGAGGACAAGUACAAGGACCUCGGCAAGGCAGCGAUGAGGCGGUCCUUCAGCGCAGACAAUCUCGUGGGGAUCCGCCGUUCCCACGCCGUGCUGUCCUAGUCCCGACUGGGGGGGGGACCUCGCCCCCAGCCACGCCGAGAACGGAGAGCACACUCCAGUCAGACACUCCAGAGACAUUACAGGCACAUGGGUGCAAAAAAAACGUUUUUUUUUGCUUACUAUGUAGGCUAAUAGCUGUGAAAUUUGUCAGUUUUUAAUUGAAAUCAUUUGCAGAUGGGAGUAUUUUAAAUAAACACUAAUCGUAUAACAAAUCGA